GAUAAAAAUUAUCUAAAGUGUAUAUUAUAAUGCUACAAUACAACAUGAUUUUUACGAAUCUUUUCCAAAUAUCCGCUCUUCAUUAUGUCGUCUAACAAGUUAAUUUAUUCGCUACUUUUUGUAGUUAUCAGUGCUGCUGCAAAAAGCCUAAACGAAGACUGCUGCACCAUUACCGAGUACUCUCAAGUGCCUGAUGUAGUCGAAACUUGUAAAAAUAUCGUAAUUUCUAACCUCAGAGUUCCUGCUAACAAGACUUUAAACCUAAAUCUUCAGGACGGCUCUGAACUAACCUUUGAAGGAAGAACGUAUUUUGAUUAUUUCGAAUGGAAAGGACCUCUUGUUAAUAUCACGGGAGAUGAUCUAAUCGUGCGUGGUGCACCAGGACACGUCUUGGAUGGUCAAGGAGAAUUGUAUUGGGAUCACUUAGGAGGAAAGGGUAUCAAGAAACCGAAAUUCAUUAGAUUACAAGGCAACAACUCAAGAUACGAAAACAUUUAUUUGAAAAACUGUCCUGUUCAUUGCGCUUCUGUCGCAGUUUCAAAUUCCAUCAUUGAUGGAUGGCUCAUCGAUGUAUCUGAGGGAGACAAAAACAACUUUACAGGCCACAACACAGAUGGAUUUGACCUGAGCAGUACUAAUUUGAUUUUGCAAAACAGUAUAGUCAAAAAUCAAGAUGAUUGUGUCGUCGUAAAUGUAGGUGCCAACAUCCUAGUCAGAAAUAUGGCUUGUUAUGGAGGCCACGGUCUCAGUAUUUCUGCUGGAUUCUCCAAAGACGAUUUUACUAAGAAUUCCGUUUAUAACGUUAUUUUUGAAGACAGUCUUGUUCAUCGCUCUCCCAAUGGAAUUCACGUUAAGACACAUGCAGAUAGUGGACCAGGAAUUAUUCAAAACGUUAUUUAUCGAAACAUUCGAUUCGAAGAUAUCAACAAUUUCGCACUGAAUAUCCAACAAGAUUAUGUGAAUGGUGAGGCUACGGGAAUCCCAGGAACAAAUAUCCCAAUUGUUGGUUUAAGUCUCGACAACAUUAGCGGAUGGAUGAAUAGUUUUAACGAAUCUCCAACAUCAGAAGCCCUUAUUCUUUGCGGAGAUGGAGCUUGUGAUAAAUGGGAAUUUCACAACAUUGAUAUUACAGGUGCUCAAAACAACAGUAUUUGUACGUUCCAACCAGAAGGUUAUAGCUGUUAGAUUAGUUGUAUAUUGGAGUAGAUAUUAAAAAUUUGUGUAUUACAAGUUUUUGUAAAAUGCAUUGACUAACAGUAGAAGAAUUUAAGUUGA